AUGGGGGUUCUCUCCUUGCAGGUGGUGUAUGUGGCCCGUAAGGCUAAAGACAAUGCAGUGUCUUUUUUCCACUUUGACAGCAUGGAUUUAUGCCAACCAGAGCCAGGAGACUGGAACAGCUACCUACAGAGAUUCAUAGACGGAAGGAUGUUAUUUGGAUCCUGGUAUGAUCAUGUGACUGGCUGGUGGGAGAAGAAACAGUCCCAUCCUGAAAUCCACUACAUGUUCUUUGAAGAUAUGGUUGAGGACACUGGACGAGAGAUAGACAAGUUGAGUUCCUUUCUUGGUUCAAAUUCUAAAGCCGCAGAGAAGGAACACAUCAGACAUCUCGUGCAGUUUGAUAACAUGAAGAAGAACGACGUGACCAACUACUCAUCAUUUGUGGAUAUGGACUUUAAUAUCUCUCCCUUCAUGAGAAAAGGGAAGGUUGGUGACUGGAAAAAACACUUCACCCUAGCCCAGAAUGAACAGUUCGAUGAAGACUAUAAGAAGAAGAUGAAGAAUACAACACUGCAGUUCCGCACUAUAGUCUGAAGCCUGGCCAGGCUAA